AUGAUCAAAUUAUUUUCAUUGAAACAAGCUAAGAAAGAUGGCGAAUCACCAAAACCAGGUAGCCAAAAGAAAGCAUCGGCUGCGCAAUUGAGGAUCACGAAAGAUAUUAAUGAGUUAAAUUUGCCAAAGACAUGUGGCACUGAAUUUCCUGAUCCUGAUGAUUUAUUAACUUUCAAAUUAAUUAUUUGCCCCGAUGAGGGGUUCUAUCGAGGCGGUAAAUUUACAUUCAGUUUUAAAGUUGGCCCCAAUUAUCCACAUGAGCCACCUAAAGUCAAGUGUGAAACGCAAGUUUAUCAUCCAAACAUUGAUCUCGAAGGAAAUGUUUAAGAUCCUUUAAAUAAAGACGCGGCUGAAGUUUUACAAACAAACCGACGGGCUUUUGAACAAAAUGUAACGAAAGCCAUGAGAGGUGGGUACGUGGGAUCAUUUUAUUUUGAGCGGUGUCUCAAGUGA